AUGACACUCAGCAGCAUUAUUAGCAAAGAUCAGUCGACGAACACGUUCCGGGGUUUCUUGAGCGAGGCAUUUGUGAAGAAAUUGACCAUGUCCUGGUUUCCAAGCAUUAGAACUUCCAGCAUGAUCGUGGCUCUGCUGUGGCUGAUUUUCGAUAUCUCCUUUGGCAUCACGUUCUUGAUUUUAUUGAAUCAAGUCCAAGAGUUUUCAAUGGUUAUCCUCGGUUUCUGGACAAAAGAAGCAUUCGACAGAGCGAUGAUAGGCGCCAUGUGCUACUCUGUCGUGAUGAUCACCCUUGAUUCCAUGCUCAUGUACGGGAUUCGCAUGGAACUUGGAAAUCCGAUGCAACAUGGAGCAGUCUCACACACUCAAUUCGUCCAAGGAGAACUCCAAACUAGAGGAAUGCAACCUCAAGAGUAUGCUCAGGGAGAAUUCCAACCUUUAGGGGUACAAUAUCUGCCAGCUGCCACUGGAAAAUUCCAACCUGAAGGAGUCCAAUAUCAAGAGUCAUUUCCUGAAGAAUCCCAACCUGGAGGCGUGCAACAUCACGCACAUACGCACGAGGCGUUCUCACCUAUCAGAAUGAUUCCACGAGCCCACGUCAAUUUCCGGAAGGGCAAUGUGUGAACUUUUCGACUCUCUCCCUUAUUUCCAAGGCAGUUUUCGUUGGCGAAAAUGUAGCUUUGUUGACAAGAGAUUAGUGCUUCAUCAUCUUAAUCCGUCAAACUUUUCCGAGGGAUAUAUUAUCUCCUAGACAUUCAGAGCUGAAUACAAGUUGCGCGAUUAUUCCAUGAUGCCUCCUAAGCCUCCUUCGUCACGGGUUCCUUUUCACCUGUUUCUUCCAUGGGCUUCAAAAGUAACCAGUAAUAUCCAUAUUUGCGCAUCUAGGUGCCUUACAGCGUCAUCAUGCAUGAAAUGGAGGUUUUCCUAUUAAAAAAAAAUGCUCUCCUCUUGCGAGCUAUGUCGAC